CCAUUGUCUGCUCUGCCGCGCGCCCGUGUGCGCGCCGCGACGGCUAUGAGAUACUGCUACGCCUGUCUAGCAAAUGAAGAGGACCGCCGUGUUAGGGCUUUUUGGCGUACACGCGCAUUUAUUUGUUUAUUUGUCUGCGCAAUAGGGGAGAUCACCGGCGUUCGGCUACACCGACAGUAAUUCCCAGGCCACCCUUAAGGAAUGAGACCACGUGACGGCGCGGGGCGGUCGGACCACAAGCCAUUUUGGGGACGGUGUCAGUUUGCGCGGAGCCACCAGCGAUGCGUCUUUCGAGCGCCUCGCACUAAGGACGCUUAGGCGGCGGACGGCGAUCGCGCCUCGGGAGUCGUACGGCCACCAGUGGGCUCUCCGGGGGGCCCUCGCGGCUCGGCUAGGCGCGGGGCCCACGCGUGGAGCGGAGCUCGCGCGGCGGCGCGUUCACUGCCACUGACAGCGUCUGCAGCUCCAUUCAAGAUGGCCGCUCGGCUCGCGGUCGCUCGGCGCUGAUCCGCGGCCAACUUUCAUUGUCCGCCCGCGCGCUCCCUUUCGGACUCGACCCCGCGGACCCGCCGGGGUUUGCUUUCCCAUGACGAUGCAUCGGACAACAAGGAUUAAAAUCACGGAUUUAAAUCCACAUCUGAUGUGUGUGUUGUGUGGUGGAUAUUUCAUUGACGCAACAACCAUUGUAGAGUGUUUGCACUCAUUUUGUAAAAUGUGCAUUGUCCGCUAUCUGGAGACCAGCAAGUACUGUCCGAUUUGUGAUGUCCAGGUUCACAAAACCAAACCUCUUCUAAAUAUUAGGUCUGACAAGACUCUUCAAGAUAUUGUGUAUAAGUUGGUACCUGGUCUCUUCAAAAAUGAAAUGAAACGGAGGAGAGACUUCUAUGCAGAACAUCCUUCAGACGAUGCUGCUAAUGGUUCAAAUGAAGACCGUGGGGAGGUGGCUGAUGAAGACAAAAGAAUCAUUACAGAUGAUGAGAUAAUCAGCCUUUCCAUUGAAUUCUUUGAACAGAGCAAGGCAGAAAAAUUAGGAAGUACAGAAGACAGUAAAACAAGAGAAGAGGGUAAUAGUAAACGCUAUUUGCAAUGUCCUGCCGCGAUGACGGUGAUGCAUUUGAGGAAAUUCUUGAGAAGUAAAAUGGAUAUUCCAUGCACGUUUCAGAUUGAAGUCAUGUACGAAGAUGAGCCCUUAAAAGAUUACUACACGUUAAUGGACAUUGCUUACAUCUACACCUGGAGAAGGAAUGGCCCUUUACCUCUGAAGUACAGAGUACGUCCGAACUGCAAAAAAAUGAAAAUAAGCCACUCGGAGGGAGGACACAACAAUGCCAGCCGGUCGGAGGUGGAGAGCGACUCAGCCAGCGACAAGGCCAGCAGUCCAGCCGGGGUGCCUUCCACGUCCUCGUCCCUGCCAAGCCCCACAACCCCAGUGCAGUCUCCCCAUCCGCAUUUCCCUCACAUCUCCAGCACGGUGAACGGGAGUGCCAAGGGCCCAGGGCCCACCCCAAGCUCCCCGUUAUCCAGCAAAGCGCACAAGGCCCCGGUACUGGGCUCCUCCACGUCUUCGGGAUGAUUCCCGCCAAGGCCAAACCACCCAGCUCCAUACAUGCCAACUUUGCUCUGUUGUAUACAGGCUUUCUUUUUAUUGUUGUUGUCAUUCUGUAUGUGCAACUUUAUUGGACAUAUUUCAGUAGCUGUGCCAGGGAAGGAGGAUGUCCACUAAAGUAAAGUCAGUCAUUUCAAAAGGGUGUAAAUGAGGGUAUUGGACAAAAAUGUACUGAAACUCCGUUAUAUUUACUUAGGAGACUGAAGAUGACUGUAGAUUUAAAUUUUGGCCUGUUAAACUAGACAGUGUUACCUGUUUGCCAUUUUAAAUUGUAUUUUUUGCAGGUUUUUCCAUUAAAAGACUGGUUGUCAUUAUAUGAAGUAAUACUGGCCUACAGUUAUCUAGGCUGUAAAUGGUGCCCAUUAUCUAACAUUGGAAAGGUACACAAGUGAAAAUGGGAUAUUUGCAAAAUGAAGAAGAAAACAUGUAAAGUUAAAUGUAAAUGUGGGAAAGCAGCUUUUAACUCGUCCUGUUAGGGCCAGUGCUUACUGUAUUUAAAGAGUGCUGCAGAAUAUAUAAAAAUUCGGAGUUCACACGUUAAGGUUCCCAUGUUAGCUUCUAAUAAGUAUUGUUUCUGUUGAACAAUAAAUGGUUUGUUGAAUAUGUAGCAGUUUGAUUUGAACAUAGCUAACCAGGAAGCUAGGUUUGUGGUAAACAAAUGUUUAUAGGAAGUUAUACGGGCCUAUUUUUAUUUCUAUACAGAGGAAUAAUGAAUCAAGGCUUAUUCAGCGUAGCCUCUGUAUAAUGAUCCUUUCCUGUUAUGAGACUUUUUUUUUUUUUUUUUCCUUUUUUUUUCUCUACCC